CCCACUUCAGACGUGCGGCCGUUGGCGCGUGCUGUUGCAGCACAGGGCCGUUGUGCUGCUGUGUGCGGGUUCGUGUCUGUGCUGUAGGUUGGACUCUCCUCCUUUCCCCCAUCGGAGAGGAAUGAGCGGGCACGCAGAGGUUAAAGUGAAAAUACCUUUUGGAAACAAACAACUUGAUGCUAUCUUUAAUGUCCCAGAGAAGAAAUUAAGAUAUGGAGUAAUUCUUACCCAUGGUGCUGGAGGAGAUAUGAAUUUCCCUCAGUUAGUCUCUUUGGCAGCCUACCUUGCAUCACAGGGAAUUCUGUGCCUGCGGUUUACUUGUAAAGGCCUUAACAUUGCUUAUAGGACUAAAGCUUACAAAACAGUUGUGGAAUACUUAAAGCUUUCUGAUGAUUAUAAGCUUUCAGGUGUCUUCCUUGCAGGCCGUUCCAUGGGUUCACGAGCUGCUGCCUCUGUGAUACAUCAGCUUAGCCAGGAAGGUAAUAAUGAUGACUUCAUUCAGGGUCUGGUUUGCUUAUCGUACCCUUUGCAUCGACCAAAACUGCAGUCCAAGCUCCGGGAUGAAGAUUUAUUAUUUAUCAGGUGCCCGGUGCUGUUUGUCUCAGGAUCAGCAGAUGAGAUGUGUGAAAAACAAUUGUUAGAAAGUGUGGCAAGCAAAAUGAAAGCCCCUAAAAAAAUCCAUUGGAUUGAUAAGGCAAACCAUGGGAUGGCAGUUAAAGGCCGAACAGAAGAUGAUGUCAUGGAAGAAAUAAAUGUACAAGUUUUUUCUUGGCUUAGAGAGAAUAUUGGACUGGAACACAAAUGACUUGCAGUGGUUGAGUAAUAUCUUCAGUUGGCUUUUCCAAAAUGCAACACAUCAGCUGGAGAUGCGUUUUUGAAAGCAAAUGUUUUCCAAGGACUAAAAUGUAAAUAUUUUUUUAUGAAUGUAAAAAAUAUACAAGACAAUA